AUGGCCUCAACACCCCCCGACCUCCGGGUCCUCUGCAGGAAACUCACCCUCCCUCCCGCACAAUUACCACAAUCCCUCCCCCUCCUAACAAGACACAUCCUCCACUGCAAACAAGUCCUGUCCACGCCCCAGGAACAAAAGUCAAAACAUGACUCCCCAACCGCGCAGCUCAUUCACAAACUCCGAACCAGCAUAACCACCCUCCUCACAGGACGGAGUCGCGAAGCACGCUUCACAGCCAUUGGACUCAUCAAGGCCAUGAUCGAUGUAGGCGGGUGGGAAACACUACGAGCUUCUGAGCCCUGGGUGCGUGGUCUGCUGGCCAUUGUGCAGAAGGGCGAUGCCCUACCGGUGAAGGAACUGGCGGUGAUUACGUUGACGCGCGUGUAUGUGCUUCUGCGGCCGUACCAGACGUUGGUUAGGGAGAUUGGCACGCCUACGAUUCCGGAAUUCGUCAAGGCGUGCUUGCAGGUUGUGAAGGGGUCUGCGCCGUUCAGUAUGGCUGAGACGGUUUGCGAGGCGUUUUCAAGUCUUGCUCCUUUGUAUCCUACUACGUUUCGGCCUUUUGGCUCGCAGAUCCGAGGUGCUGUGAGGGGGUAUUUGGCGCCGACGCUGUCUGAUGGGGUGCUUGUGCCGGUGUCGUUGCGGAGAGCGGCAAGGAAGGUGGUUAUUUCGUUGCACUGCGUGGCAGCUAAGGCGGGUGGAAGCGAGGAAUGGGCCAAGAUUGUGGAUGGAUUGCUUCGGGAAUUGCACGGUACUGCCGACCAGGUGUUCAGGGCUGUUGACGAAUCUUGGGAGGGCACAUCGGGAUAUAAUCGCUCUCGUGUUGAUCCCGAGGGUGAACCGCACGGCGGCGGCGACUCUACAGACCAAUUACCAGCUUGGUCCGGCGUGAGUUCCGGCGCCGAACGCAUAAUAGGUAUAUUCGCCUAUCUGUCCGACUGUCUGCGCUAUGCUACGAAAACACCCGUCGUUAUCCCCGUCAGCGCAUUCAUGGACGCCAUUUCGCGGGUCUGCCUCAUCGCGAAGAUGUCCAAGAGCCAGACCUGGGAGCAGGCGGUGCAGGCAAACGCCGCUAUUGGCCGCGACGAAAAAGAAGAGCUGUGGAGCGUCAUUCCCGAUAUCCAUAUAUCAGCGCUGGAACUCCUUUCGACCAUGGUCGAGCGGUUCAACCGGGCCAUGAUUCCGCUCAUUCCAGAAGCGCUCGACCAUUUAGUCCGGGUAUUCAAGUCUGGAAUCAGCAACCCACAGGUACGAACCACAGGAUGCAAACUACUCAGUAGCAUCCUCCCUCUUACAGGGCCAACCAUGUCGAAAUCAACCGUCACAAUGCUAGAACCCAUCAUCGCCGCCUGCUGUCGCGACUUACAAGAAGACGCGGGGUUUCUCAAAUCCCAAAAGGCGGCAUCAAAAGACAAGGGUCUCGCGAAUGCAGAUCUCUUCCUCCAACCGCAGGCUUCUACCGAGACGGCGGUGCAUCUAGACGCCGAGCAUAAAGCCAUUGCUUCGGAACUGCUCGUUGGUCUGCUGUCCCAUCUGCCGCAGGGGCAUUUGAAACCCACGCACAGAGGUCUUCUUGACAAAACUGCCAUUCUUACACGCAGCCGUGACGGCAUGCUAGCUAGUGUUCUGAACCCGUAUAAGGACCAGCGCGGGAGAAUGUACCCCAGCAUCUUGCCGCAUUUGUCGCAGCAGUACCCCCACGAUCAGGGCGUUGAAAUUCUGCGGAGUAAUCUUCGCGUCGGCGUGUUAGGAGGCAGUGAUCUCGUCGCGGAGGUGGCGGAGGUGGAGGACGAAGAAAUGCAUGAGGAUGAGCAUGUUGAGGAAGAGAAAGGUGAACCUCUGGAGGAGAUUGUGAAACCUGCACUGGCAGCUUCAAAUAUCGAGCUUCCGAUUCAACAGAAUGUGUUUCAGGGCACGACACCAAAUGCGUUUAGUGUGGCGGAAGCUAUACCUGACUCUCCUUCAAAGAGAAAGCAUGAAGAUGCUAGUGCGGAGCCGGAGUCGAAGCGUCAGGAAUUAGAUACGACUGCUGUGAAAGCGCCUACUCCUGAUGAGGACGAUGACAGCGACAGCGAUGAAAGCGUCCAUUUAAACAUGGAGCUGGACGACGAUGAAGACGAAGAUGAAGAUGAGUAG